UUCAUGUAAAGCUGGACUCUGAUUGGUUGAACACAUUCUUUAUUACUGACAAAACAGUUUAUAAAAAACAACAUUUUUACAGCCGACAGAAACACGAAGCUUUUUGUUUUUAACAAUAGAAAAACUAAACUAACGUUUCUAAUGUCCAACAAGGCCCAGUUCCUGCAGGACACAUGAAUGUCCAACCAGGUCAGGUUCCUGCGGGACACAUGAAUGUCCAACAAGGUCCGGUUCCUGCAGGACAGAUGAAUGUCCAACAAGGCCCGGUUCCUGCGGGACACAUGAAUGUCCAACAAGGUCAGGUUCCUGCAGGACACAUGAAUGUCCAACAAGGUCAGGUUCCUGCAGGACACAUUGAGGUCUAUCAAGGACCGGUUCCUACAGGACACAUGAAUGUCCAACAAGGCCCAGUUCCUGCAGGACACAUGAAUGUCCAACAAGGCCCAGUUCCUGCAGGACACAUGAAUGUCCAACAAGGCCCAGUUCCUGCAGGACACAUGAAUGUCCAACAAGGUCCGGUUCCUGCGGGACACAUGAAUGUCCAACAAGGCCCGGUUCCUGCAGGACACAUGAAUGUCCAACAAGGCCCGGUUCCUGCAGGACACAUGAAUAUCCAACAAGGCCCAGUUCCUGCAGGACACAUGAAUGUCCAACAAGGUCCGGUUCCUGCAGGACACAUGAAUGUCCAACAAGGUCCGGUUCCUGCAGGACACAUGAAUGUCCAACAAGGCCCGGUUCCUGCAGGACACAUGAAUGUCCAACAAGGCCCAGUUCCUGCAGGACACAUGAAUGUCCAACAAGGUCCGGUUCCUGCAGGACACAUGAAUGUCCAACAAGGUCAGGUUCCUGCAGGACACAUUGAGGUCCAUCAAGGCCCAGUUCCUGCAGGACACAUGAAAGUCCAACAAGGUCCAGUUCCUGCAGGACACAUGAAUGUCCAACAAGGUCCGGUUCCUACAGGACACAUUGAGGUCCAUCAAGGACCGGUUCCUACAGGACACAUGGUCCAACCAAGUCCGGUUCCUGCAAGACAUAUGGUCCAACCAGGUCCGGUUCCUGCAGGACACAUGGUCCAAAAAAUGUCUGGUUCUUGCAGGACACAUGGAGAUCCAACAAGGUCCGGUUCCUGCAAGACACAUGGUCCAACCAGGUCUGGUUCCUGCAGGACACAUGGUCUAACAAGGUCCGGUUCCUACAGGACACCUGGAAGUCCAACAAGGUCCGGUUCCUACAGGACACAUGGUCCAACAAGGUUCAGUUCCUACAGGACACAUGGUCCAACAAGGUUCAGUUCCUACAGGACACAUGGUCCAACAAGGUCCGGUUCCUACAGGACAUAUGGUCCAACAAGGUCCGGUUCCUACAGGACAUGUGGUCAAUCAAGGUCCGGUUAAUACAGGACAGAUGGUCCAACAAGGUCCGGUUCCUACAGGACAUAUGGAAGUCCAACAAGGUCCGGUUCCUGCAGGACACAUGGAAGUCCAACAAGGUCCGGUUCCUGCAGGACACAUGGAAGUCCAACAAGGUCCGGUUCCUGCAGGACACAUGGAAGUCCAACAAGUUCCGGUUCCUGCAGGACACAUGGAGGUCCAACAGGUCCGGUUCCUGCAGGACACAUGGAGGUCCAACAAGGUCCGGUUCCUGCAGGACACAUGAAUGUCCAACAAGUUCCGGUUCCUACAGGACACAUGGAAGUCCAACAAGGUCCGGUUCCUACAGGACACAUGGUCCAACAAGGUCUGGUUCCUGCAGGACACAUGGAAGUCCAACAAGGUCCGGUUCCUACAGGACUCAUGGUCCAACAUGGUCCGGUUCCUACAGGACACAUGGAAGUCCAACAAGGUCCAGUUCCUACAGGACACAUGGUCCAACAAGGUCUGGUUCCUGCAGGACACAUGGUCCAACAAGGUCUGGUUCCUGCAGGACACAUGGUCCAACCAGGACCAGCUGCAGUUCUUCAGUCAGACACUAGUUGGAGCUGCAAUGAAACAAAAACUGAUUUAUGUAAAAACAACAGCUGAUUUAAAAGUCUCAUCGAAGGUUCUGGUCCACUGUCCACUCAAACAGAACCAAACCACCAGGACAGGACAGUUCUACGUGGACAAUAUCCACAGUCCUGUAGUGUCAGUAAACCAUGAGGUCCUAACAUUCAAACACGUCUCUGCAGGAACAGAUUCAGCUCUUGUCCCUCCUGUCCUCCUUGUCCUCCUCGUCUUCAUUGUCCCUCCUGUCCUCCUUGUCCUCCUCGUCUUCAUU